AGCAAUGGACGGUUCCUCGAGUGAAAAGGCGACAGAAAAAGAUGAUUCACUCAUUCCGAAGAAGAAGCAUUCUCUAGACAGUGAUGAAGAGGACGAUGAAGCGAAGCACAAGAAAACCAAUGUGAAAAAGCUCACCACUGAAGACAUCGAAGGCGAAGAAGACGAGACUAUAGCACACGAAGGAGAAAUCAAAAUCACACCGUUUAAUCUGAAAGAAGAGAUGGCUGCUGGAUAUUUCGACUCGGGAGGGUUCUUCGUGGCCAACGGGAAAGACGAGGACGGCGAUGAGGAUAUACACGACUCCUGGCUGGACAACAUUGAUAAUUCUCAGGUAGAUGAGAAAGUCAGUGCAGCUCAUUGGGCCAAAAUGGAGGCAUUAAACGCAGAUAACUCAGACAGUGAGGACGAUUUUGAUUUAGUCGCCUUCCGAAAAAUCAUCCUUGGAUAUCUCAGUCAGAAGGAAUCUGUCACCAAGGCCAUCAAGAGGUUAACAGAAAAUGUCAAGAAAGCUAAAAAGUCUGGCGACAAAGAACUGCUGGAGGACGAGCAACAUGCAUGUAACAAGCUGAUGGAAUACGUGAACCAGUUUGUAGACCAGGGUCAUUACGAUAUCUACCAAGAAACUUAUGAGUCCUUAACGGCAAAAGUGAAUCCAAUAUUAUCCCACGCAUCGGAUGAGCGAAAAAGAAAUCUCGACGAAGAAGAAAAACCUCCUUUGCCUCAGGCGAAACAAGUUAAGUUUGACUCAAGUGUUAAAAGGAAGAAGUUUGAAGACUUCGAAGAUAUGUUCACGUGAUUCAUAGUUUGAUUUGUUUUUCUAUACCUGAUCGUGUGGAGCUGAGAGAUCUAGAAGAAAAUUGCGUUGCUUUGAAUUUCAACUGAACUUAAAACUUAUGAAGUUAUUUUAGUGAAAAUUUAAUGACUUCAAUUAAAUUUCUAGUGAUUGAGUUUAAUAUUGUGGCAGUGUGGUUUUUGAUA